AUGUUCACCAAAGAGCGGCAGCGAUAUGCUGCUGGUUUCCUACUCUUACUGUGUGUAGUCGUUAUAUGGGUCGGCUCUUCGUUCUUAAUGAAUAAUAUUUUUGCGGGACAAGAUUAUAAUAAGCCAUUUGCUAUAACGUAUAUAAAUACUGCGUCCUUCUCGCUAUACCUUUUGGCAUUUUUCCUCUUUACAAAAAAACGUUCUAUUGACAAGCAAAGAAUUAUAGAUUUCAAUCAUGCAUUAUAUGAUUCUGCCUCACGGUCAUCGGCAGAGUCCAUAAGUGAACAUUCUGCAAAGUCUGAUGAAAUAACGCCUAUAGAACAGUGUGCAUCCACUGCGCCACAAAAAUCGCAUUCACAUGUUGAUCCCCACGAUUUACUUUUAUCUGCUCAUGACGAACAAAAGUUGUCGAAACAAGAGGUCGCAAAAUUAGGCUUAACUUUUUGUAUGCUGUGGUUUGCUGCAAAUUGGAGCGGUAAUGCAUCUCUUGCAUACACUAAUGUAGCGAGUA